CCCCGCCACCCGACUCGUCCGACGCGAAACACUCGCCACCCAGCGCCUGCCACCCGCCACCCGCCACCCGCCGCCCGCCACCCGCCACACGCACGGCCAACCGCGGCGCGAUCCUCUGUGCGGUUCCCGGCUUCUCGUUCGCGAUUCACACACGCGCGAAUCUUGGCGAACAGCCGCCAGCUACCGCUCGUCGGCUCGCAGUUCGUCAUCGUCCUUCGUGCAGUAAGGAUAUACCGCGAAUUUUUCAAAAUAUCGCUUACACAAAGUCAACGAAAAGCGUACCGCUUUUAUCUUGAACGUUGUCAUGGUCGUUUGACCGUCGACUAAAUCAAUGAGAAAAAAAGAUUCUCUCGUGUUUCCUGAACAGUUAUACGUAUAAAAAAUCGUAAUUGAAUUUGAAGAAAAGUUUAUUCCGAUAUUCGACAUAAAUGAAAUAGAAAUUCGUUAAAUGUCAAGUUCGCGGUACGCGAAACAAAUCUGAAAUAACGCGAUAUAUUUUAUUCAUCUUUAAAUCGACUAAUUAAAUGGCCGAAAUAAAGGAGUGAAAAUUAAUGUUUUUUAAAAAUAAGUGAACCAAAUGGACUUUAUCGAAAUUACGAAGAAACGGAUGGAGAGAAUAGAUCGAACGGAACGAAGAAACGCCUAUAAAGAAUAAUACAUAAGAGAACCUAUGUCGUCAUGAGUGUGACUUGUGAUGAACCACGUGGUGUCCAUACGUAUACCGAAAGCUUAUUCUAUUUGAGAUCGUGGAAAAACCUGAAAAUUUUAUCAUGGAAAGUUGAGUGUUUCUGUUGUAACAAGCACGUGUUUUCUUUUCAAAGACACUGGUAAUAACAAUUGAAGCUAUACAGGCACAAUGCAGCAACAAAGUUUCGCUCGACACGAUGCUUAUUUACCUGACAGAGCAGAUACAUCUUGAUGCAUUAAUCAUAGAGAGGAUUUCUGCUGUUAUUCUAUAUCGUUUAAGGUGUUAACAGUCUCGUUAAAACGACAAACUAUACAGCGAGAGUUUUGUGCUGCACACUAGUGUCGAAACAGUUGAAAUCAAAUAAAGGUAGUGUGGUGUCAGCGUAGUGCCGCGUAGCUUUCUAGAUCGCGAAAUGCUGAGUGCUUCAGCUGCGUCCAGCCGACUUUUUUGGACGCUGAGAUCCAUUCUACCUCUGGCAUCGUUGCCACCGCUGUUGCCGCCGCCGCCGCCGUCGUCGACGUCGUCGUCGUCGUCGUCGUCGUCGUCGCCGUCGUCGUCGUCGUCGUCGUCGUCGUCGUCGUCGUCGUCGUCGUCGUCGUCGUCGUCGUCGUCGUCGUCGUCGUCGUCGCCGUCGUCGUCGUCGUCGUCGUCGUCGUCGACGUCGACGUCGAAGUCGCCUUUGUCGUUACCACCGUUGCCGCCACUUUGGUCAUCGUCAUCCUUAUUGUUGCCGUUGCCAUUGUUAUUAUUAUCAUUAGAGUCAUUUCCAUUGAUAUCAUUAGUACUAUUCUCAUUAUCGUCGCUACAGUCAGAGGCCCGUGCGGCCUAUUAAAAUGACCGCUCGUCUUCAUUCGUUGAGGCAUCAAGAGAAGAAAUUGGCCGGUAAUAGUCAUAGACAGCAUCAUCAUCAGCAAUCUCAAAAUCAGCAAAGUGCGCAGCAGGGGGCCAGUCCGGCUGCCAGCCCUAGUCCUAGUCUUAGCCCGAGCCCUAAACACUCGGACGGCCGUAGAGCUAAUAAACCACUAAUGGAAAAGCGACGGCGAGCGAGGAUCAAUCAGUCGUUGGCGGCGCUAAAGGCGCUUAUACUUGACAGCGCCCGGCUAGAGAACACGAAGCAUAGCAAGCUCGAGAAAGCUGACAUUUUGGAAUUAACGGUUCGGCAUCUGCAAAGGCAACGAUCUCUUGCUCAACCUGGUUUAUCCAGAUACAAGGCCGGCUAUCAAGAUUGUUCUAGGGAGGUGAGUCGGUACCUUGAUGCUCCGGAUAUAAUCACAGGGAAUACGACACCGAUGGACCCAGCUGUGAAACAGAGGUUACUCAGACAUUUAGACAGUUGCGUGUCAGAAUUGGACUUGGACCUAGGUUCGAGGCCGGAUAGCGGAUUAGGCAGCAGUCCCGGAAGCGUGACGGAUCGAGUGACGGGUGCGAGUAGCCCCGGUCCGUUAGAGCAUCACGUACCAUCGGUUUCGCGUUCUAGUACAGCACUAAAUCCGACUGGCUUGAUAAAAGCAGAAAUCCCGGAUAUCGAACCAGCCAGACCGGAUAGCAGUACUACCGCUGGCGAUGAAAACAACAAUAAUAGCAGCAGUGGUAGCAAUAGCAAUAAUGGGCCAAGUACCGCGUUUGGUCAGGUUAACAGCACCGGUAACCUUGACCCUCCUCCUCCUCCUCCUCAUCAUCAUCAUCAUCAUCAUCAUCAUCAUCAACCUCCAUCUGUUCCCACUCCGUCCGGCAUACCGGUUAUCGAUCAACCUUCUAGUUCUCAACAAAAUCCAAACAUGCUAUCGGUGGUACAAGUGAUUCCCUCUAGAUUACCCGACGGUCAAGUCGUUUUCCUUCUUCCUAGUCAUUACGUUCAAUUGGCAGCCGCUGCCGCUGCGAACGGUAUCAAUAUCGGACCGAAUCCACCGACCACGGUAUGGGCUGCCACUAACAUGUCUUUCCUAAAGGCAACGGACAAGCUCGCGAAACGACACCACGAAGAUAUGCAAGAAUGGCAAGACGCGGUCUCGUCCGUGGCCGCAAAUGCCACCGUUGCGAAUGUCACGACUGCCGUCACCGCCGGCAUUACCGUUGCUGCUACCGCUACCGUUAUUGCUACCGCUGCCGCUGCAGCUACCGCUACCGCUACCACGUCCGUCAACGCUUCCGUUUCCGCUUCCAUUUCCGCUUCCGCCCCCGUUUCCACCUUCGUCACCGACAAUCUUCUGUCUGCUUCGAAAUCCAAUAACGGUGUUCCGAAAGUCGAGCAAACGGAACAACCUCUUGAUUUCACAACUACCUCGAAAAAGCUGAAAAGCGGCACCAAGAGUACGCUGCCGUCCGUUCUUCAACACCAUCUUCACCACCACCACCACCACCAUCAUCAUCAUCAACAACAACAGCAACAACAGCAACAACAGCAACAAUUUACGACGAUGACAACGACCACCACGACCGCUCGGUUAUCCAUCGAAGGAUCCCUCGAGCCGGAAGAAAGAUCCUUUCGUCGCGCCAACAACGAAUUCGUAACAGGAAUUCGUUCGCCGUCUCCUCAUCCACACCAACAACCCAUCAAGGACGAAGAAGGAAUGUGGAGACCUUGGUAAACUUUAAACACCAUCAUCGACAGAUACCUACACAGAACAAUCGCGUACCUACUUUAUACGCGAGUGCUUUUACGUGAAACGGUGCAAAUGUGCAUAUGUUUCGUUGUUAAAUACAAUUCGAUGUAAUGCGUGAAAAAAAUUGUACAAAAAAAAAAACGACCACGACCAUCACGACGAUCAAUAUUUACCACUCCCAAGUAAAUGGAACAAUUCUUGUUCUUUCCCUACCUGAUCCCUCUCCAAAAACAUUGAAACCAAAGUAAAAGUAAAAGUAAAAGUAAAAGUAAAAGGAGAAGCAAUGAAAAAAGACGAUGAGAAAAAAUUGAAAACAGGAAGUGUGCUGCACGAUAGACGUAAGAAAAAACCAACCAAGGACGGAAAUACAGUGUGAUACGCGGCAAAAAACGGUUGGUUCGACCGACUCGUGGUUCUAAAUAAUUACAUAAAUGAUCGAUCGGUAUUGGUGUGGAUCAGUUCCCGUAUAUUUGCGGCAUAGAACGGUACAGAUUCGCUGGUUCGUGUGCAAAAAGUGCAUCAACGAGAAAAGUGUUACGAAAGAAAAAUAAAGAUUAUCGAAUGAUAUUGCCGAUUAUCCAAAAUCUGUUAGAGAUUGAAAAAACGUUAUCUGUUUGAUAUGUUUGAAAUGUUAAAAAAUAACGAUGUACGUAUAUGUAUAUGACAAAGAUCUAGCACGUGUAGAAUGCGAGCAACGAGAAAGUUUCGCGCAUAGUACUUUUAUUCCGCCAACGUGUAUAUAGUCCCGAUUCGAAAUAAUGCCGGAAAUAGAUUUAUUUUGAUGUUAACUAGGUGUAUAUACAUACGAGAUGAAUGUAGAAAGACAGAGGGGUGAGAGAGAGAGAGAGAGAGAGAGAAUCUAAGUGCGCUGCGUACGUUGUCGAUGCAAAUGCAUCAGUAGGACAUUUUGUUCCUUUUCGUAAACAUAACAGUUCACGUUUUAGCUGAACCGUGAUUUCUAUGCAAUUUACUUUUGCAGUUACAAUGAUGAGGCGCGAAUUCAUAACUUGAUGUACUUACGAUUAGAUGUAUCGAUCAAUAUAAAAACGCGCGCGGGUGUGUAUCUCGGUAUACAAAAACAUUGAGAAAUUACUUCAUUUUUCCUUUUCAUCGAUCUCGCUUUUCAUUCCGUCGAAUACAUACCCAUCAAAAUGCGAGCCCAAUGUACUGGAACAAUGAUGAUAAUAAUUGUAUCAAGUAAUAGCAUUUUUCUUUAUUUGUCAAAAUGAUUAUUAUAGAAUCCCAUUUCGAUUAACAUACCACCCAUCUAUAAUCUAUAAUAUUCGAUCCUUUAUAUUCUUCGGAUUCAAUGAAACAGAAGAAGAACGGGAAUUAGAAAGUAAUGAUAGCUUUGGUGUUAUCUAAUAAGUACAGAAAUUAAAGGGAAAUUAAAAA